CGUCGGAGGCUCUCGCUCACGAUGUACAGCUUCAUGGGAGGAGGGCUGUUUUGCGCCAUCGUGGGGAACAUCUUGCUGGUGGUCUCCACGGCCACCGACUACUGGAUGCAGUACCGGUUGUCGGGCAGCUUCGCCCACCAGGGCCUGUGGCGCUACUGCAUGUCGGGAAAGUGUCACAUGCAGACAGACAGCAUCGCCUACUGGAACGCCACGCGCGCUUUCAUGAUCCUCUCAGCCAUGUCCUGUUUCGCCGGCAUCAUCGCGGGGAUCCUGUCCUUCGCUCACUUCUCAGCCUUCGAGAAGUUCAACCGCUCCUUCGCCGCCGGCAUCAUGUUCUUUGUGUCGACGCUGUUCGUGCUGCUGGCGAUGGCCAUCUACACGGGGGUGACCGUCAACUUCCUGGGCAAACGCUUUGGCGACUGGCGCUUCUCGUGGUCCUACAUCCUGGGAUGGGUGGCACUGCUCAUGACCUUCUUUGCAGGUGCAGCGAAAAAUCUCGUCAUCUCAUUUCAAAUCAGCUUUGAAAAAAGAUCAAAACUGAUGACGCACUCGUGGACUCAAAGGAAAUCAUAGACAUUUUUGUUUUUUUGUGUUUUGGGUUGCAGGUAUAUUCUACAUGUGUGCCUACAGGAUGCACGAGUGCAGAAGAGUGGCUGGCCCACGUUGAAGGAGCGGCACGAACGGGCCGUCGAGGACGCCAAAGAUGACGAGCGCAACCGCUUCCCGGUGGAAAACACACAAGAGAACUUCAAAAAAGAAUAAAAUAAAAUAAAAUGUGGGCUUAC